AUGCCAUACACUGCGCCAGGAAAGUCGUUGCUCGCUGCGCAGCACAUCGAAUACACCACCCUCCCCUCCUCCGACACCCGACCAGAACGACCCACCGUGGCUCGCUCUGCAUCAUCAAAUCGAUUGCAAAACUCGCGAUCCUACGCUUCCACCUCAUACGUCCGUCGGCACCGGAGAAGCCCGUCGAUCUCGAAAUCGACCGUGCUUUCCUCCUCGGAGCCGUCAUCCCGUCUCUCCCCCACCAUCGAUCCACAUGCCAGUCUCCGCCAGUCUCCGCCUCCAUUGAACAAUGCAGUCAUUCCACCAGGGGCGUUGAUCUCGCCCCCGGAGUCUGCUACGAACUCAAGUGAUGAGGAAUCGUCCGAACCGAAAGACGAGAUCAAGCUUGAGGAACUCGAGGCUGCAGUGCGGUCGAUUGAGCAGCGAAGGGAAAACUCACCCGAAAGAGAGACGAUGCGCCCAGCCGAAGAGUCGGGAAUUGAGGCUCAAUGCUCAUCGAGUCUAGCAUCACCUACCUUCCAAAACAAACCCAAACCCAACUACUUGCGGCUAUCCAAGGAGUCCCGAAAGAUCUCUCACUCACGGUCAUCUACUGAAACAGCAGUGGAUCUCAGGAGGGAGCAGGCAUUGACCAGCUCGCCGGACGACAGCGAUGCCGAAGCUACCUCCAAGCCCCCUAUGGUGAGAAAGAAGUCGGGUGAACUGGUUCGUCCAGCACUCCGCCCUGCCACGGCUCGUCGGCGACCUUCUAGCAUGCCGGGUACCCCGGUCUACGCCAAGGCGGUUCAUUUCGACUCACAAUUGGAGCAUAUUCGGCAUUUCUUGCAACUCGAUCGUCCCUUGGCCGUGAGCGCUGAAACGUCCCCGGUGGACAGCCACGACGGCGAGACUGAGUUUCCAUUUGGUCAUGAUGCUGCCCCAUCGUGGGAGUGGGAGUUGCGGCUCGCAAACUUUCCUAAAGAUGCGCCCCACCAUGCUACUCAUGCAGUCCGCCUAGAACGGUUGUUCCUCUCAGCUGAUAAGAAGAGUCUGAUUGGCUCUGUGUCUGUGGCUAACCUCGCGUUCCACAAGCAUGUGGCUGCCCGUUUCACGCUCGAUCAUUGGACGACUGUCUCCGAAGUCGUCGCCGUGUACAGCCACGAUGUUCGCCGCAAGCAUGCUCAUGACGGACAUGACCGUUUUACCUUCGACAUCAAACUCGAUGAUCAGGCCAACUUGGAAAGCAAGACCAUGUUUGUGUGCAUUCGGUACAACGUCGAGGGUCAAGAGCACUGGGACAACAACAACGGCAAAAACUACCAGGUCGAGUUCGUCAAAGUCUCCAAGCCUACCACGAGCAAGCCCUCUGGUGGCAAUCGCCCGGCUCUUCCUCGCAGUCGAACAUUUACCGGCUCCCACUCCGGUCGCCCGCAGUCCAUGCCUCCCUCGUUCGACGGUUCCGCCGAUUUUGGCAAGAAGGCUCCGUUCGCCAACCCGUUCACCGCGAACGCAGGCCCUCCCUUGAGCCGAAGCACUUCAAAUGAUAUUGACACGGUCGGCCCGCCCAAGCGUCGCGAGAAGCCGCACCCCCAGGCUUUCGGCAAUCGGUACGACUUUGGUGCAUCGCUGACCGCGGCUAUGCGGACCAAGACCCCCGUCGAUCGGACCACUCUGACCGCACGCGCUCGCUCGAGCCAGACCCCGGAGGCACCCAAGGCCAGGCCGGUGGAGAAAGACGUGGCGAUCAGACCAGGUCGGAUUUCUCCAGUGAGAAAUGAUGCUCGACCAGAGGAUCUGAAGCCUUCCUCACUGGUAUCUAGCAAGCCUUGCCACGAAUCUUCGUCGUACAAAGAGCUGGUGGAUAAAUACUGUUUUUAUGGUUCCUCCGCCAAUACCCCCAACGAGAAGCCGCCAAACUUUGCAAACUUCACCCUCAGCCUGAAGGCAGAUGAGACGUCUAAGUUUUUCAACACGGCUGCUCCCUCUCCUCCCUCUUUCCCCUCGCUCCCUGCCCCCACGAGAGCUGGCCUCGGAAUCCCGUCCUGCACCAGUCGCGGGGAGCCCGCAUGUUUCCCCCCGCACAUCGCCCACAAUGGCUUUUCGCUAUCCCUACCACCCCACAACGAUGCAGAACGGAUUCAUGACAGACCCUCAGUCGUCGCCAGUCAUUCGAGGGUGAGUGACAUCAAAGCUUGGCGACCGCUCCGGAGUCCUGCUAUCAUCUUGGUCCUCGACCGGUCCCUUUCCCAAGCGUGCAUUGUUGACGGAUCUCAUGUUUCAAGGGGAUAUGAUGUUUCUUUCCUGGAAAUGCCCGACUCUUUUUCCUUUCCUCCCUUUGCCGAUUAUGCAUAUGCGCCCUGUGUGGACGCUCUGUGA